GAUAAUGACCAGCAGCGAGGGCCAGAGGCUGACGCCCGAGAGGAGGCGAACAAGAAGCUGGCGGCUCUGCGGAGCCGCGUGCGCGACCUGCGCGCGCAGGCCGCCGAGGAGGGCAUGGAGCUCCUCGGCGGGGCAGCGGACCGAGUGCAGGAGGAGGUCCGCCGCUUGGAGACCCAGAUGGAGCAGAGUGCACCGCCGUGUUUCACUCAGGCGCAAGUGGAGCGAGAGCGCCGCAAGGCGGAGACGGCCAGGGAUCGCAUCAACAAGCGGAUCGAGGCCUUCAACGCCAAGGCAGAGGACAUACAGAAGGAGUUGAUGGCUGAGAAGGCCAAGCUCGAGAAGAAGGAUGCGCCGAUCCAACAGCUGGAGGCUAAGAGGUCGCAACUGAAGCAGCACGCGGUGCCUACCGACGCGGAGGGCCGUUGGGGCACCGCGGCGCACCACCUGGAGCAGGCGGAGGCGCUGCUGCAGGAGCGCGCGAAGGAGACUGCCGACACGGACCUCGAGGCCAAGCAUAAGUACAUCAGGGCGGCCCCCGCGAAGGUCAAGAAGAGGCAGCAGGCAGUCGCGGAGGGGAUGGAGAAGACCAGUGCCGAGGCCGAAGCCCAGCGCUCGCGCCCCCUUUCGCGCAAGCGCGGGGCUGACUCGAGCUCCAGCCUGGUCGCCAUCCCCGCCAGGGCAUCGCCAGAGCAGGUCAAGCAGCUCUUCAGCAAUAGCUGCAAGGCCGAGCAGGCCGAGAGGCAGCGCGUCGUGACGGCCAACGCAAACACGGCCGAGUCCCUGGAGCGCGUGCUGGGGCUCGCGAGUACCACGGCCGUGGUGCUUGGCCAGGAGCUGUCCAUGGGCGUGCGCGCGCGCGCCGCGGACGGGGGGUGGGGCGCGGGCGCGGCCAUCGCGGUGCCCAAGCACAUCGCCGUGAGCUUCUCGGGUGGGAACUUGCGGAGCUCCUGGGGCGCGUCGCCCCCCGAGAGCCCUGGCCGCCUGGCGGUGGCGUGGGCGGGCAUCGGCGAGAGCGGCGGCAUCAUCAUGGGCUCGUGCUACCUCGGGCACUCGGAGGGCCCCGCGCCCAGGAACCUGGCGGUGCUGGCGGCCUUCGGCGCGCUGGUGGACGCCGCGGGCAUGCAGUGGGUCAUGGGGGGCGACCUCGACAUGGACCCAGAGCAGCUGUGCCAGAGCGGGGUGGCGAAGAGGGAUGCCAUCACCCGCGACUACAUCUUCGCGUCGAGGAGGCUGGCGCAGACGGAUCACGCGACGGUGGAGAAGGACCUGGUCCUGAGCGCCAGAUGCAGCCCGCACUUCCGCGUGUCGAGAUCGACGAGCUGCAACCUGAACUGCUGCCGCGGCUUCGCGGGCGGCGACCUGGCGCGGAGGCAAGGCCACUUCCAGACGGAGCAGUUCUCGGAGGUCACGCUGGCGCCAGCGCGCAAGCCGCCGAGAGGCGCCCCGACCAAGAGGGCUGCCACUGCGGAGUGGCUGAGAGACAGACUGCAGGAGCUGGCGCGCUUGGCCGCUGGCGCAGGCGGGGAGCAGGCCAGCUCCUGCCACGGGUGGCAAAAACAGCUCAGGCUAAACAAGGCAUGCCAGGAGGUCAUCGACGUGGACCUCCUGCCGCUGACGGCCGCCGAGGAGGAUGCGAGUGGAUGUGGAGGGAUUCCUGCAAAUGGGGGCCCGAAGCCAGCGCGCGCAGUUUCGGCUCCGAGACCGAGGGCGCGGCGCGACGGCCCCGCGGCGGGCGACUGGCAGAAUGUGGAGUGGGCGAUCACCAACUUCGGGGGCGCCAGCGGCGCGCUCAUGGACGGGGCGCCGUACGUGGGAUACUGGGCGCUCAUGGCUGGCGAGGCAGCCGAGCAGGAGCGCAGGGCAGCCCUCGCCAGGGCGACGAAGGAGUGGAGGCAGUGGGUGCAGGUCCUGAAGGGCUGGGGGGAGGUCUGGCACAGUUCUGCGGGGGGCCGCGCGCCCUGGCAGGAGCGCCCGCCGCCUCGCGAGCCGACGCAGGCGCCGCUGGUCCCCGCCAAGGGCAUCCAGCGCGUCGUUGACAUGCUCGGCGCGGUCGAGGACGGCGCGCCAUGGCCGCCCAGACAGUCGGACAUGCUGUUCUACGACGGACGGAAGCCGGAGGGCGGGGUGCCGCAGCUCUUCUGCCAGGCAGCCGCGGCCGACAGCGAGGGCUACGUUAUCGCCCUGCUGGGCCAGGCUGGCCAGUUCUGGGGGCUCCCUGCGUGCCUGCGGCGCGUGAUCCCCCGCGUCUACGGGGUGGCCGGGGGGGCGGUGCUGGGGGGCGCGGUCGCCAAGGGCAGUCGCUGGUGGCAGGGCCUCGUGGCGGGCUCCGUCUUCGCGCCAGUCGCCUUCAAGUGGGUGCUGAUGAAGGAGCUCGACGCAGCCCAGCUGGACAGCAGCCUCGCGGAACUGCGCCUGUUCUUCGAUGGCCUGUCGAUCGCGCGCGUUGGGUUGCAGCUGG